GUCCGACCGCCGAGGGGUCCACCAUGGCAGCUGCGGCCGCGUCCCCCGCGCUGAAGCGGCUGGAUCUGCGCGACCCCGCGGCGCUUUUCGAGACGCAUGGAGCGGAGGAGAUCCGCGGGCUGGAGCGCCAGGUUCGGGCCGAGAUCGAGCACAAGAAGGAGGAGCUGCGGCAGAUGGUGGGCGAGCGGUACCGCGACCUGAUCGAGGCGGCCGACACCAUCGGCCAGAUGCGCCGCUGCGCCGAGGGGCUGGUGGACGCCGUGAAGGCCACCGACCAGUACUGCGCGCGUCUGCGCCAGGCCGGCUCGGCCGCACCCCGGCCGCCGCGGGACCCGCAGCCACAGCAGCCAUCCCAGGAGAAGUUCUACAGCAUGGCUGCCCAGAUCAAGCUACUCUUAGAAAUUCCUGAGAAGAUCUGGAGCUCGAUGGAGGCCUCUCGGUAUCUGCACGCCACACAGCUCUACCUGCUCUGCUGCCACCUUCAUAACCUGCUCCAGCUGGAUUCUUCUAGUUCCCGAUACAGCCCCGUCCUCUCCCGAUUCCCCAUACUCAUCCGGCAGGUGGCAGCAGCCAGCCACUUCCGGUCAGCCAUUCUGCACGAAAGCAAGAUGCUGCUCAAAUGCCAAGCUGUGUCUGACCAAGCCGUGGCUGAGGCCCUGUGCUCCAUAAUGCUCUUAGAAGAGAGUUCUCCUCGCCAGGCCCUAACAGACUUCCUGUUGGCCAGAAAGGCAGCUAUUCAGAAACUUCUCAACCAGCCGAACCAUGGUGCUGGCAUCAAGGCUCAGAUUUGCUCAUUAGUGGAGUUGCUGGCCACCACUUUGAACCAGGCUCAUGGCCUUUUCUACACUUUACCAGAAGGCCUGCUGCCGGAUCCAUCCCUGCCGUGUGGCCUGCUCUUCUCAACUCUGGAGACCAUCACAAGCCAGCACCCCACUGGAAAGGGCAUUGGUGUUCUCCAAGAGGAGAUGAAGCUCUGCAGCUGGUUCAAACACCUGCCAGCAUCCAUCGUUGAGUUCCAGCCAGUGCUCCGAACCCUUGCACAUCCCAUCAGCCAGGAGUACCUGAAAGAUACACUGCAGAAAUGGAUCCACAUGUGUAAUGAAGAUAUUAAAAAUGGGAUCACCAACCUGCUUAUGUAUGUGAAGAGCAUGAAAGCUCUCGCAGGGAUCCGGGAUGCCAUGUGGGAAUUACUUACCAACGAGUCCACCAAUCAUAGCUGGGAUGUGAUAUGUCAGCGGCUUCUGGAGAAGCCACUCUUGUUCUGGGAAGAUUUGAUGCAGCAACUGUUCCUUGACCGAUUGCAGACUCUGACCAAAGAAGGCUUCGACUCCAUCUCCACGAGCUCCAAAGAGCUCCUCGUUUCAGCUCUGCAGGACCUUGAAAGCAGCACCAGCAACUCCACCUCAAAUAAGCACAUCCACUUGGAGCAUAACAUGGCUCUCUUCCUCUGGUCCGAGAGUCCUAAUGACCUGCCGCCCGAUGCCGCCUGGGUCAACGUGGCGAACCGGAGUCAGUUUGCCGGUAGUGGGCUCUCCAUGAAAGCUCAGGCUGUGAGCCCAUGUGUACAGAACUUCUGUUCUGCCCUCGAUUCUAAACUGAAGGUUAAAUUGGAGGACCUCCUGGCUUACCUUCCCUCUGGUGACUCGUCACUGUCCAAGGACGUCUCCCCCUUGCAAGCGAGGAACUGUGCCUUUGACAGAUACGCCGAUGCUGGGACCGUGCAGGACAUGCUGCGGACCCACUCGGUGGCGUGCAUCCAGCACAUCACAGACUGCAUCCGGGCGGAGCUGCAGAGCAUUGAAGACGUUGUGCAAGGGCAGCAGGAUGUGCUCAGUGGUGUCAAGCUGCAUGCGGUCCUGUUCAUGGCCAGACUCUGCCAGUCCCUGGGAGAACUGUGUCCCCACCUGAAGCAGUGCAUCUUGGGAAAAUCGGGGAGCUCGGAGAAACCAGCAAGGGACUCUAGGGCUCUGAAAAAACAGGGAAAGGGGAAAACGCAGGAAAUAAUUCCUAUGCAGGCCAAGUGGCAGGAAGUGAAGGAACUCCUCCUCCAGCAGAGUGUGAUGGGUUACCGGGUCUGGAGCUCAGCGGUUGUGAAGGUUUUGGCUCAUGGAUUCGCCCAGUCGUUACUUUUAGAUGAUGCUGGCUCAGUCCUGGCUACGGCCACCAGCUGGGAUGAACUAGAAAUUCAGGAGGAAGCAGAGUCUGGCAACAGCGUCACAUCCAAGAUCCGACUCCCUAUACAGCCGUCCUGGUAUGUACAGUCCUUCCUGUUUAGCUUAUGCCAGGAAAUUAAUCGGGUUGGAGGCCAUGCCUUGCCAAAGGUGACACUGCAGGAGAUGCUGAAAAGCUGUAUGGUUCAAGUAGUAGCUGCCUAUGAGAAACUUCCAGAAGAAAAACAGAUGAAGAAAGAAGGUGCAUUUCCAAUGACCCAGAAUCGGGCACUGCAGCUGCUUUAUGAUCUGCGUUAUCUCAGCAUCGUUCUGACAGCCAAGGGUGAAGAGGUGAAAAGUGGCCGUAGCAAACAGGACUCCAGAAUUGAGCAAGUAGCUGACUACUUGGAAGGACUCAUUGACCCAUUUGACCUGGAUGUUUUCACACCACAUCUCAACAGCAACCUUAAUCGCCUGGUGCAGCGAACUUCCGUUCUGUUUGGACUGGUUACCGGUACAGAGAAUCAGUUCACCCCCAGGAGCAGUACCUUCAACUCCCAGGAACCCCAUAACAUACUGCCACUGGCAUCGAGUCAGAUCAGGUUUGGGCUUCUUCCACUGAGCAUGACGAGCACCCGAAAGGCCAAAUCAACCAGCAGAAGCAUCGAAACGAAAGCCCAGGUUGUCCCCCCGGCACUCUCCCAAGCAGAUGACCCGACGCAUCCUGGCUCCUUGUUCAGACAGCUUGUCAGUGAGGAAGAAGACUCGUCUACGCCUUCGUUAUUCAAACUUGGUUGGCUCUCUAGUAUGACUAAGUAACAUGGGAACAUCUCUCUCUCUCUCUAAAUAAAUACUACUGCAUUAUUUCUUCUAAA